AAGAGGAGCACCGCCAUUUGGCAGGCAGCUGAGCACACUUACACGCAGAGCAACGAACGAAGCACUCACUCGAGCACGGUUAUACUCCUGGAAUCGUGCAAUUAGUCAGAUGGCGAGCGGCAGCGGGAAGGCGACGGCCUCGUCCUGGGCGGCGGCGAUGAGCGUGGGCGCGGGCACGGUGGAGGCGAUCACGGAGCGGCACGCCGGGCUGUGCCGCUGGAACCACCAGGCGCUCCCGUGUGUCUUCCAGCAGCGCGCCGGCACCUCGGCCGCCGGGAACGGCGCCUGCGGCAAGGGCAAGGCGGCGACCACUGCCGGUGGAGCAACGGCGAGGCAGGAGCAGGAAGAGGAGCUCCGGACUGUGAUGUACCUCAGCAACUGGGGACCCAACAACUAACUAGCCGAUUAGUCAUCAGUUACAGUGCUCUAGAUCUUCAAAGAUGGCUAGACUGGUUCGUGAUAGCUGCACCAGUUCGUGCGUGUAAGGAUGAUGUGAUCUGAGCACGCAUAUUCACUC